AUGCAUAUGAAUACAUUACAAUUUAUAUCUCCUGGAAGAUUCGAUCAUCUCCUGAAAGAUGGUACCAAUAAAAAGAUUCCGGCUUGCCAGACUCGAACUAGCAACCGAUUGAUAACAGGAUAUUACUACAGUCAAUCGCGCUACCAUUGCGCCAAAGCCGGAUUGUUUGAAAUCAAAAAUGCAUAA